CCGCGGCCCGAGCGCAGUCCCGAGACAGGUGCAAGCUCCGGGGGCCGCAUCCUUGGAGACGCCGAGCUCAUCUCCUGGGGGAUGGGGCGGGCCAUGUCUUGACUGCUAUUGUGGGCCCCUCUCCCCGGCGGAGCAGAGACCAUGGCCCCUCCUCAGGGCCCUCGAGCCCCGCUGGAAUUCGGGGGACCCCUGGGCGCCGCGGCGCUGAUGCUGCUGCUGCCUGCCACCAUGUUCCACCUGCUCCUGGCGGCCCGCUCGGGCCCGGCGCGCCUCCUGGGCCCACCCGCCUACCUGCCGGGGCCGGAGACGCUGUGGAGCCCGCGGGUGCAGCUGCUCUGGCUCACCUGGCUCGGCCUGCAGGCUGCGCUCUACCUGCUGCCCGCGCGCAAGGUGGCUGAGGGGCUGGAACUGAAGGACAAGAGUCACCUGCGCUACCCCAUUAAUGGCUUCCAGGCGCUGGUGCUGACUGCGCUGCUGGUGGGUCUUGGGGUGUCAGCCGGGCUGCCCCUUGCUGCUCUCCCAGAAAUGCUCCUGCCUUUGGCUUUCGCAGCCACCCUGGGCACGUUCCUCUUCAGCCUCCUUCUCUAUCUGAAGGCUCUGGUAGCCCCUGCCUCGGCCCUGGCUCCGGGGGGGAACUCAGGAAAUCCCAUUUAUGACUUCUUCCUGGGACGGGAGCUCAACCCGCGCAUCGGUUCCUUUGACUUCAAAUAUUUCUGCGAGCUGCGUCCUGGCCUCAUCGGCUGGGUCCUCAUCAACCUGGCCUUGCUGAUGCAGGAAGCAGAGCUUCGGGGCAGCCCCUCACUGGCAAUGUGGCUGGUCAACGGCUUCCAGCUACUCUACGUGGGUGAUGCCCUCUGGCAUGAGGAGUGCGUCCUCACCACCAUGGACAUCACCCACGACGGGUUUGGCUUCAUGCUGGCCUUUGGGGACCUAGCCUGGGUCCCCUUCACUUAUAGCUUGCAGGCCCAGUUCUUGCUGUACCACCCACAGCCCCUGGACUUGCCAAUGGCUUUGGUCAUCUGCCUCAUCAAUGCUCUUGGUUACUACAUCUUCCGUGGAGCCAAUUCCCAGAAAAACACCUUCCGAAAGAAUCCCGCUGACCCCAGAGUGGCUGACCUUGACACCAUCCCGACAGCCACGGGGCGGCGGCUGCUGGUGUCAGGGUGGUGGGGUAUGGUGCGCCACCCCAACUACCUUGGAGACCUCAUCAUGGCUCUGGCCUGGUCCUUACCCUGUGGCACGUCCCACCUGCUGCCCUACUUCUACCUCCUCUACUUCACCGCACUGCUGGUGCACCGGGAGGCCAGGGACGAGCGGCAGUGCCUGCACAAGUACGGCCUGGCCUGGCGAGAGUACUGCCGGCGGGUGCCUUACCGGAUCGUGCCCUACGUCUACUGAAGCAGCAGCGGGGCACACGCUGCCCACCUGCUGGCACCGGGAGCUGGCCCCACCUGGGACUCGCGGGCACCUGCCCUGCCCUAUGCCCCAGCGGGCAGGAACCAACUGCCUUGGAGGGUUGGAGCCAGGAGAAAAAUGAAGCCAGUGCUCAAAGUGGGUGCAGGGGUUGCCCACCCUCCUUGGAUAAACCUCUGGAACACCCA